UGCACGCACGCACACGCACACACACACACACACACACACACUCUGAGACAACAGCCCUGCUCCACUCCACAGUCUGACAUCUGCUCACUGGCGCGUCGCUUUUUCUAAAUCAGGAAGAAACACAGAUCUGAAUGAAGACGCUGGAAGCUGCAGUUUAAACACAAGAGCCGAGACCUAAAGGUGAAAACAGAAAGGUUGUGGAUUACUCAUGUCCCUGUACUGAAGUUCACUUCAUAUUAAUCAUCAUGGAGUCUGGAGAGAGAUUACCAUCCUCCACCCACUCCCAGCCAUCCAUCAGCUCCUCUGCCCCUCCUCCAGCUUCAUCACCAAACAUAACAAGCGAUAGUGGACGUCUGUUUCAGCUGGGUAGUGAUCCAGGUUUUAGAACGUCUUUCCCCAUGUUGAGCCAUCCAGCAUUCAGGCUGUAUGCUCCUCUGUCUGGAUGCUCUGAUUUCAGAGGCCUGGGGAUUUUGGGAUUGCAGGGAAGCUUAGCGUCCCACCCACAACUUGGAACGUUUCCAGACUGGUGGCGGGCGUCCGAUGCACAACUUCAUGGAGCUGCUGCGUUCUUUCCUCCUCUCCUGGGCCUGCCUCCUCUAUUCACACCUCCAUCACUAAGCCAGUCACACACUCCCAAGAAGAGCACACUGAGCUCUGCUAAAGGGUUGAAUGGUGCAGUCAGUGGCAAUGGCAAAGCAAAAUCUGCUUCCUCUGGUGCAAGCUCUACCUCCUCCUCACCCUCACCAGCUUAUACAACCUCUGAACAGACCAGUACUCUCAAAUCAGGUCUGAACCCUCAAAAUAAGACCAACAAAACCAUCCUCAACCACUGCAAAACCGUACAGUCAGCCACCAAUCCUCCAAACUGGAGCAGGAAGCAGAAGAUCAAGACAGAUCAAGCCCAAGGAAAAACCAGCCACAAAACAAAAGAGAAACUCUGUAUGACAGUGCCAGAGAUUUCCAGCAACAGUGAUAGCCAAUCAGGAUCCAGUUCUGACAGCUCCAGUGACACACUCAGCAGUUUGGGCUCUGUCGACCUGGAGAAUGAAGAUGAUGAUGAGGAUCUGAGUGUAUGCAGCAUAGACUCAGACUCUCAGAGAGGACAAAGAGUGAGCAGGACGGUUAAGGACUCCUCACAGAUGGACCAACCUACAGGUUGCUUUUCUAGUAGACCAGAUAUGUGCUCUAUGGACCUAACACAAUCCCAGGCAGCUCCAUUACUCUUCCACAGCUCAGAAACCAGAGAAGAGCACAGCAAACACACCAGUGUCAUCCAGGCCACAGGAGUAGCAGGCAGCACCAACGCUUUCUCCCUCCUUCCACAGCCCAACCGAGAUGCCUUGUCCAAACCUUUGUGUCUCACUUUGUCUUCCAAACCUUCCUCACUAUCGUCUUCUCCCAAACCUCUCUCUGUGUCUUCAUCUCCAAAGCAUCGCUCUGUCUCUGAAUCUCCAAAACCACUUUCUCUUGCCCUCUGUCCAAAGCCAACAUCUCUCUCCUCCUCUCCCAACACCUCCAACAUCACCUCCUCACCCAAACCUUCAUCCUUAAUGAAAGCCAGGAGUUCUCCAGACAAGUCCCUCCUGCACAUCAGUGACUUUAAUCAGCACAAGCAGGCAAAGGAACACCAAGAAGCAGAUAAAUCCCUGAAGAUAAGUAUGUCAUCCUCCUCACCAUCACCUCAGAGUAGUCCUAAGCUCAAAUCCCCCAAUCCCCAGCACUCCAACCUGUUUCUCACCUCCACCCUGCUGAAGAAGUCUCCCCAUCUUAAUGGAGUUGUUCAGAGUACUGUGCAGGAUGCUCCCUUGGCACUUAUUACCAAACCUCGCUCUGACAGCUCUAAAACCCCAGAUAAGCCUUUACUAGCAGCCACCAGUCCCUGCUUUAACACCCCCAUCAACCUGAGCACUGGAGCCAGACAGUCUUCCUCUGGACCUCCUGCCUCAGACCGAGUCUCCACACAGCGACAGUCCCAUAGGGCAAACACAGGGUCACUGCUCCAGGGGAAAAUGUUCAGGGAAAUGGAGUCUAACAUUCCCAGCAGCAAAGACUCAGAUGAUUCAGGGGAAUAUGAGGAUGAUGAAGAGGAAGAUUUAAGUGACAGUCUGUCAGGCUCUGGCAGUAACCUGGAUACUGACUCUGAUAAUGAUGAGGAAGAUAUUGAAGAUGACGAAAUGGAUACCGACACAGAGAGUCACACAGAGAGCAUGCCACUUAAGCUCACUAAAAGCCCAACCUCUUUGACAGACCCUUCUACUGGCAAGAUCAACAGCUCCAGUUCACUUAACUUGCAAAUCAAUAAACCUGCUAAGACUUCGCAAACUGUGAACAGAUCUUGGGCUCUGACCUAUCACAGCACCCCAAGCUCAUCGUGUGUGGCCACGCCCCCAGCAAAGAGAAGAAGAGUGACAGAUGAGCAGGCACUGCGUAGGCCUCUUGAACACGGGUGGAAAAGAGAGACCCGGAUCAGGAAUAUCUGUGGGCGUGUGCAGGGAGAAGUGGCCUACUAUGCUCCCUGUGGCAAAAAACUCAAACAGUACCCAGAUGUAAUGAAGUACUUAACAAGAAAUGGAAUAAGUGAGAUCACACGUGACCAUUUUAGCUUCAGUGCUAAAAUAAGGGUUGGCAACUUCUAUGAAGCUCGAGAAGGACCCGAGGGUUUGCAGUGGUGCUUGCUGAAAGCGGACGAGAUUGUUCCCUGUAUCUUGGCAAUGGAGGUACAUAGAGGUCAUCCUAAGAGUCUGGAGCUCCAGCGUCAUGAUGAUCCCUUCCAUUCUCACCGAAGGAAAAGACGACCACCUAGUGUGGGUGAGACUGAGGUGGCUAAUGCUGCGUUGAUUAAACUACAGCGGAAACUGGAGGCACAGGAGAUUGCACGGCAGGCUGCUCAGAUAAAGAUGAUGAGAAAGCUGGAAAAAAGGGCUCUUGCACAAGCUGCUAAAGAGGCCAAAAGACAAAAAGCCCUGCUGGCAGCAGAGGAGAAGCGCAAGCAGAAAGAGCAGCUGAAGAUUCUAAAGCAGCAGGAGAAGGUCAGGAGACUUGAACAAAUUCGUGUCGAGAAGGAGCUUCGAGCUCAGCAGAUACUUGAGGCAAAAAGGAGAAAGAAGGAGGAGGCCAUCAAUGCAAAAACACUAGAAGCUGAGAAACGAAUGAAGGAGAAGGAACUGCGCAGGCAACAGGCAUUCAUUCUGAAGCAACAGGAAUUGGAGAGGCAUAGACUAGAAAUGGUAUGGGAACGGGAGAGACGAAAGCAGCACAUGAUGCUGACAAAAGUCAUGGAGGCUCGGAAGAGAGCUGAGGAACGAGAGCGCCUGAAGCAGGAGAAGAGAGAUGAGAAACGCCUAAACAAAGAGCGCAAACUGGAGCUCAGGCGGCUGGAACUAGAGAUGGUUAAAGAGCUGAACAAACCCAAUGAAGACAUGUGUCUAUCAGAUCAGAAGGUUCUGCCUGAGCUGUCGCGGUUACCAGGUCUUCUUUUACCGGAUAGCUGUUUUGGGGACUGCCUGAUGGUGAUGCAGUUCCUGCGCUGCUUUGGGAAGGUGCUGCAUUUGGACCGCAGCACUAAGCUGCCCACCCUUCACAUGAUGCAGGCAGGACUCCUCAACCUAAGCCCCAGUGCAGGUCAGCUGCAGGAUCUGGUCAUUGGCUUGCUCUCUGCUGCAGUGUGUGAUCCAGGCUUUCCACCAGGAUCAGUGGCUAAAACAGCUCUUGGUGAGCAUGUUUCCAGUGUGGAGAUAAACCGGGAGAACAUGUCAGAGAUUUUGCAGAUCUACAUGGCCGCUCACUGCAGUCAGACAGAGCUCUCACCAUUGGUAGAGAGUUUAAAGACCAAAGGCUUUCAGGCCCACACCCCGCCUCAGAAAGCCUCCAUGAUGGCUUUCUUGGUCAAUGAGCUGGCCAGCAGCAGGAGUGUGGUUGCGGAAAUUGACAAAAGUAUUGACCAUAUGACAAACCUACGGAAAGAAAAAUGUGUCAAUGAGAGUAGCCUUCGCAAACUGAGAAGCAUCUAUGCUAAACGGACUGGGAAGCGUGAUAGCAGUGUAGGAGGCGAAGAGAGCCAGGCAUUGGGAACACCUACCACUGGUCACAAACGCAAGAGAAAGGUUGGAGGCAUUGAGGAAGAUGAUGAUGAGGAUGAUGACAGUAAUGAUCUAGGAGAGGAGGACGAAGAUGAAGAGGAAGAUGGAGGAAAGAAACGCAAGAAAACUGAGACAUGUGAGGAAGAGGAUGAUGAGGAUCCAACAGCCAGUGUGGAAGAGCUAGAGAAACAAAUAGAGAAAUUAGCCAAGCAACAGCUUCUGAUCCGCCGUAAGCUGUUUGAGUCCUCCCAUUCCCUGCAUUCGAUGAUGCUAGGGCAGGAUCGCUAUAAGAGGCGCUACUGGGCCCUUCCUCAGUGCGGAGGGGUGUUUGUUGAAAGUACAGUGAGCAGAGAGGAUCCUCAAGGGCUUCAGCAAGAGUCUGAGAGGUUGCAGAGUGCUCAGUGGAUUUCAGUGAAAGAGGAACCCACAGAGGUACCAGCUAAGAAACCUUAUGACAGUCCACAGGCAAAGCAUGAAAAUUCCUGUCUGGAUGUACAGCAGGAGAAUGGCUCGCUCAAUCUGUUCCUGCAGAAGCCAAGUUCUUUUUCCAAACUCAGCAAACUGCUAGCGGUCGCAAAGAAAUCCUGCAGUGAUCCUCAAGGCGUAAUUUCCACUGUUUCCCACUUACCUACAAAUGCUUCACCAAUGAUACCCAACAGCCCCUCUACUAACUUAAACCGGGAAACUAAAUCUGAGGUCAGUACUCUUCAACUAAGCCCUGCCCACGUUGGCAGUCGGCAACAUCAUCUUCAUAGUGACCAACUCUAUAGUACGCUGGCAGAGAAACAUGCUCACUGGUUCAGCCUGCUGCCACGUUCACCAUGCGAUGAGUUUUCUUUGACAACCAGUUCUACAAAUCCAUCAUCCUGCAGUGCCAAAGCCUCAUCACCUGCCACCAGCAACAGUAUAACCCAGUCCACCUCCGCUUUCUCCUCCGGCAACAGCCAGAACAUCACCUCUUCUGUCAGCCCCUCUGCUACUGCACCACUCAGUAACUUUUUAAUAGAAGGACUUCAGAUGAAGCACAUGAUGGGCCUGCCAUUUCCUCUCUGGCAACCUGAAGUGAUCAGUCCAAAUAUGACCUUCAAGGGCUUGUCCAUGCCCUUCCUGACCCCCAGUGUGGCCAUCAGUAAGAGUGAGUCCCCAGUACCAUCGGGUGAGAAAUCCCCUGCUCUAGAAGUGGCCAAAAGCCAAGACCUCCCCUCUCCACUACCUAUUCCACAAGAGAUGCUCACUGGGUGGUGGAAGGUGUCCAGCUCUGAAGAGUUAAGCCAAAUAGUAAGUGCCUGUCACCCUCGUGGGAUCAGAGAGAGAGUCCUACAGAAACAAAUCCAGAAAUACAUGGAGUACCUCACUCAAGUCUGUGCCAAGAACAAAGACGCUACUGUGAUUGAUGUACGUGAGCUGGAGCAGAGCCAGGUGUGCGAGGAGACGGUGCAGAGAUGGUGUGUUGAGGAGCACGCCAUGGAUAUGGACAUUGCUGUGCUGCAACAGGUGGAAGAGCUGGAGCGCAGAGUCACCUCCGCCAGCCUACAGGUCAAAGGAUGGAUGCCCACAGAGCCACAGUCAGAGAGGGAAGACCUGCUCUAUUAUGAGCACAAGGCUGUGGGCAAGAAUGAAAGCACAGACAUUGUGCGACACGCCAAUAAUCCACUGGACAUAGCAGUGGCGCACCUGUUCGAGCUGGAGCGGAACAUCGAAAGAAGGUACCUGAAGAGUCCCUUAAGCACCACCAUCCAGAUCACUCUGGAUAACCGGGGUAUGGUUAGCAUACCGGCUCCUGCGACAACAGCUAGUGCUGAGUGUGAUGGAGGUGGAGAAGACUUGGCCCCAGGGUUGAAGCUAUGGAGGAAAGCACUGCAAGAAGUGCGUAGUGGUGCCCAGCUUUCACUCUGCCUGCAGCAGUUACAGCGUUGUAUUGCAUGGGAGAGAUCCAUCAUGAAAGUGUACUGCCAGUUAUGCCAGAAGGGGGACAAUGAAGAGCUGCUGCUGUUGUGUGAUGGCUGUGAUAAAGGAUGCCACACAUACUGCCAUAAUCCCCAAAUCACUACUAUACCUGAGGGAGAUUGGUUCUGCCCUGCCUGCAUAGCCAAGGCAAGUGACUCGCCUCAGAAGAGUAAGAAGCAGGCCAGUCGGAACAGUGGAGGAGGCGAAAAACUGUCUGGAGCCAAACGCAGUAAGAAAGCCUGUGUGACAGGAGAGGGCUCGGAGAAUGACACAGCCUGCACCAGUGCCAGCAGCACACCCAAGAAAGGAGGAAAGGAAACAAGAAAGAGAAAAAUGGAGGACAACCUUUGCACCAACACCACUAAGCAGGAGAGCGCAACACAAGUUACAAAUUCUAAAACAACCCGAGACAACAGUAAAGACCUGGAGCUCUGCAGAUUGCUUUUGGCAGAGCUGCAAGCUCAUCAGGACGCCUGGCCGUUUAUGACACCUGUCAAUCCCAAAUCAGUCCCUGGAUACCGCAAAGUCAUCAAGAAACCCAUGGACUUCUCCACCAUUCGUGAGAAACUUUCCAACAGCCAAUACCUGAAUCUGGAGACUUUCAUCAUUGAUGUUAACUUGGUUUUUGAGAACUGUGAAAAGUUCAAUGAGGACAAUUCUGACAUUGGACGUGCGGGACACAGUAUGAGAAGAUUUUUUCAGCGGAGAUGGACUGAGCUCUUGAAACAAAUAAACUAAAAUUGUCUGAAAAUCCUCAGAAAAGUAGAAAUGACUACUGCUGCUUUAAAUUUGUGAUCAAGCAAGCCUUCAUCUUCAAAGUUAUCCUUUACUCACUCACUUCACUGGUUUUGAUCAUGAGCCAAAAGUGCAAGCAGUUCAGCAAGUCCUCAUGUUGAAUGGUGCAGUAUGAUAACGUUAAUCCAGAGUGUUUCAGAUAAUAUAGGGUGUCUUUUCAAGUGCAAUACAAAUUCUGUUUCUUUACAGAACUUUUAUCAACUACAGCUGGGACUGACAAAAGAGCUUUCCACUCUGUAAAAAUAUACUUGAUGUUUUUCUUUUUUUUUUUUUUAAUAUAAACUUUACUAUUAUAGUGAAUGUAUUGUAUUUAUUUUUUUUAUUAUUUAUAAUUAAUUUGGUAUUCUUUUUCUAUGAAAAGGAAGAACAUUUUAAAAAUGCAUUAAAGCAUUUUUAGUAAAAUAUAUAUAUAUAUAUAUAUACAUAUAUAUAUAAAAAGAAAUGUUUACACUGUUAGGUGCUUUAAUGGUACCAGGAAACACAUCACAGUAUUGCUGUAUAACUGAAUUAGCGCAAAAAAAAUGUUUUGACCGUUGAAGAACAGAGACUAUUAGAUGUGUGUGUACAUAGUGUCUCCAUGUCUAACAAUGUGUGUGUGCAAUUUUGCAAACAUGUUCUUUGCCAUUUUUUCUGUUGUCUUUAAAGUAGCAUAAAUUUAAAAUCUUAAGUUAAUGAAGAAAAUAAGAAAGAGGGAGAAGAGAUCAUACUGUGACUAAAUCGAAAUGCCAGACUACACAGAGUUGAAAAUUAGCAUAAUGCAUAGUGUUGAGGUAUAGUAUUGAGCUGUGGGGUUGUAAAGUAUGGUUGAAGCAUAGUGUUGAUGUUUAGGUACGGAGCAUAGAGUGAAAAUAUAGCAUUAAGGCAUAUCAUGAUGUUAAAGUGUAAACAUGAGAUUUGAAGCAUAGCAAUGAAUUUUAGUUAAAGUAUGAGUUUCAAGUUGGUGCAUAAUGUUGAUACAUGAGAUGUAACACUUUUAAUAAUAAACAUUCUAACAAAGCA